UUUACACAUAAACUGGUUAUUUCACUAAAUGAAUCAAGAGGCUUUAAAAGUUAUCAAGCUCUGCAGAACCAGAAACAUUUGAAAACGUUCAGGCUGGCAGACGGUUUUGUUGGAGAUUAAAUCAUGUUUUCAGAUUUUCUUUAAUAAAAAUGUUAUUUUUACAUCUGGACUGUUGGUGCAUAUUUCAUAUGUCCUCAUGUUGUAGACGCUGUGAUGACCCCAAAUCAAACCUUUUGCCCAACAUUAGCCUGAACAUCAGGGUUCCGUCUCCCAUAAACCAGAAGAUGUUUUAAUAAACAUUACAACACAGAGUGCAGCGAGCAGGAAAGGUUUCCGUCCUGAAGUUUCCCAGGUUUUCACGGAGUUGAUGGAGGAUCAGAACCAGGCCCGGCGGCAUGGGCAGGGGUUGGCCGCCCACAGUCAGCCAUGCCCCCCUGGACGUCCGCCGGCAGCCGGGGCCGCUCCGUUAUCAGUGAACCGACAACGACGACCUGCUGCUGCAGUUUCUCUGCUUCCUGUUGGGACUAGAAACCCUCAGGCUGAUCUAAUCUCUGAAGCUUUGAAACGGGUCAUCAGCAAACAGAGUCAGGAAAGCAGGGGAACCGGUCCAUCUGGAUCCGGUGGCUCCACAGAAAGAGCCUGAGGUCGGAUCCUUCAGGUUCCCUGCAUGUGAACGUUUGCUGUGCAGCAUAAUUACCGUCUUCCUCACGAAGGAAGACGGUAUAAAAUGUCAAUGUUCUGGUCAAUGAUCCGGACCGAUACCAGAUAAACCCGACAGAAGACGAUCAAAUCCAUGAUCAAUGCAGUGGAGAACCAUCAGACUGACCAGGUUUAGUAAACCGUCUUAGCCUGGUAGAUGGAGAUGUUUACAUCUAAAGUCUUUAGUUCCUGCAACAUUUCAGGAUCAACACAAAGCAGCAGUUUUUGAGCUGAGGGUUCAAAGACACGAUGUUCAAAGCUGCAGCCACAGCGUUCGUCAAAAGCCUGAAUGCUGACAAGCAUCUCGUUCCCAAUGAAGAUCAAACUACAGACGUAGAACUUCUGACUUUAGUCAGAAUCAAGAAGGGGAGUUUCUGGACUCAUCCCAGUUACAAAGUGCUCCCGUACACCUUACCUAAGCUUGUGGGGGAGAAGCAGUUUUCACCAGAUGAUGAGGAGAAAGAGAUGGCGGUGGAUUUCAAGACCUACAGAACGAUCGGUGGGGACGUCCAAGUGAAGGCAGGAGACGUUGUUGAUGCUGGGAUGAGCGUCGACACUGUGGAUGCUAUGAGUUCUACCACCAUCAAGAAAAGGAAAGUCAAUCUUGAUUGUGUGAGGGAGACGUUCAGGGGCAGAGUGAUUAAGAAAAACGACCUGAAGCAGCUGAAACUGAACAAAAACAACAAACUGGCGUUUGUCUAUGCGAGGGCGUACAACACUCAACCUGUGACACUGACCAAUUUGGGAAGCUGCAAGGGAAAAGCCUCAGCUUUGUAUCAGAGCCUGGUGAAUGUGGGUGUUGGGGUGAGGAUGGAGACGGGCACCAAUUACAAGGUACCAGAAAAUAGCACCUUUGCUUACAGCCUGGUGGAGAUCGAAUUGGAGGACGGGAUGAUCGAAAUACCUUUUGACACCUGGAGUCACAAACGAGGUUGGGAAUCUGAUGCCAUAGACAGUGACAUUCUGGAAAAAGCUAGAGAGGGGAUUGAAACAAAGGAAAAUAUCCUGAACCUGAUUGACAGACUUCCAGAGUCGAUUCGUGGAGAUGUGCUGAAGCAGCUGAGAGAGGUUCUGGAGGAAGAGGAUGCUCUGAGUGAGCUGGAGGACAUACUGGACGAUGGCAGUGGGCCUCCGGUGUCUAAGGCUGUCUCUUCUUUCCUGGACAUCCUGGGCCAGUCCAAGGCGAAGGACGGUCUUCGUGUUCUGGUUGCCGCCUUGGAUGCUCUGCCUCUGCCACUGCAGCGACCUCUGACCUCAGGAAGUCCUGAGACCAUCACCGUCCUCCACCAGCUGGUGGACAGUCUGAAGGACAGCGAUGAACCCAGUCUGCCCGGUUCUGUCCCCGCCGCCCUGCAGCCAGAUGGAGAUCUGCGUUGGGCCGCUGACCUGCUCUGCUCCUCUGACGAGGUUCUGAAGUCGCUGACCGAUCUCUUCGCUGUGCCACCAGAGGUUCUGCUGGAGGUUCUGGCUCUGGCCGUGAUGGGAAUCCACAAGCUGCAGGGCGGAGAGUGAAGCCGGUCCUGCUGGUGGACGUCUCACACUGGGGACCUUCAAUGAGAGAAAAAUCUUUUUAAUUCUGGGCCACUUCCUGUUGGGUUUCCCGUCACAGCGCCACCGUCUGUCAGGUUCAAAAACGCUCAAAUCAACUUGCGUCCAACGGCCUGGUUUGGUGUUUUUCCAUGUUCUGAAUGAAACUCUGACUUUAAAAAUGAAAACCAAUCUAUUGUCUUUCUCCUCUCAAUGAUCAUUAAAGGCAUCCAAACAUGAAA